GCUCCCGGGCUCAGAUUCUUGCAUGGCUCAGUGACUAAAGGUUGUUCACCCAGGAUUCUAAGGACUAGGGGUUCAGACUUCUGUGGGCAAGAAGCUAUCGCCUGAACUCUGGGUUUCUGAGGGGACUGGGAGCUAAACUCGUAGGACCUCUGCCUGCAGCAUGGUGCAGUUGGGGGAGGUUGACAGGGGGUCAGAAAAUCUGGUCUUAAGUCUUAGAGUUGGUGGAUUUAGCCACCAAUAUCUCUCCCACCCCCACACAGGCCCAGGAGGAUUUGAAAAUCCCCAGACAGUGAACAUCUGUCCUAAACCCUAGGGGGCAGGGGGGGCUGGAGGCCUGAACUCCUGGGUCCUGGGGGAGAAGGGGCUGGAGGCCUGGACUCCUGAGUCUGAGGGGGAAAGGCCCUGGGGGCUCAGACUCCUAGGUCUGGGGGACUCAAUUUCUGGCUUCUGUGUUGAGGAUUCAGCACCUGGCUUUUGAAAUAGGUUGGGCUUGGGGCAGAGACUCCUGAGUCUCUGGAAGGAAGUCAGGUAGUGAGGCUGUUUUUCCAGAUACCUGAUAUUGCUUCCCCUUCCUGACCCGCUGGGGCCACAGCAUGGAAAGAUAGAGAGCCUGAGGUCCCAGGAGCACCCAGGGAAGGAAAACAGCCAAGGGAGAGGGUGGUAGGUUUGUGCUAAUUAAAGGUCACGGCAACUAACAGCCUUACACCCUGGCCCUCGAGGACACCAUCUGGUGAGGGCCCCUAGGACAGACCCCCCACCUCUGUGUUCAGGUCUGUGUUCAGUCCAGUCCCCAGGGGGCAUGGGAGGCGGCUGGGAGAGGGAAGGUGGGAGGGAAGAAGGGAGACUAAAGGGGGCACCAUACAUAUGGAGCUGUGAGGGCUCAGGCCAGAUGCUGCAGCUUGUUCCUGGAGGAGGACCAGACUGGGGGAGGGGCUGCCGAGGGAGGGGGAGGAAAAAAACAAGCCAUUUCAAUCCCCCCAGGAGAUAAGCAGGCAGGAGAAGGUUAGCCCGUGAGAGUGUGUAUUUCCUGCUGGCAUGGGGAGACCAGGCCAACCAGCAUGUGGUAUAAAAUUUGAGGAUGUGUGGAUAUGAGGACAGAGACAGAGAAGGAAACAGAAGAAAGGUUGGCUGAGAAUACAUAUUUAUUGAGCUCCCGGUGUGUGAGAGAGAUGGGGGGAGGGGGUUGGGGGGACGAAUAGAGAUGACAGAGACAGAAAGACAGAAAAAGAGAGACCCGGAGAGGCAGAGAGAGAGAAACAUACAAAGAGACAGUGAAAGAAUUCGAGUUGAAUAAGAAGAAAUGCUGAGCUCCUAACGAGAGGACACAGAAAAAAGACAUUAAAACAGAGGUGGAGAGAGAAAGAGAAAGAGAAAACCAGAUGGACAGAGGGAAAGAGAGACAGAUGUAGAAGGAAAGAGACUGGGCAGGGAUGGUGAGAAAUUCAAACAGGGGAGCCACAAACUAGAGCUUGUGCAGUCCUUGCCAAAGGGCCCCCACGCUGGGCUCGCUGCUGUACCCACACUUGGUGCUGGUGGUCUAGGACCCUGCCUUCACUCCCAACCACGCCGGCGGCCCCACGGCCACCCUCACCCUGAGAUACACCCUCACCUGCUCUCCACAUGCUUCCACAAACCAUAGUCUACGGUUGCCCUCCCCAGUUCUCACGCACGCUCACAUGCUGGCUUGCACACUUUUGCACACAUGCACACACAGAUAUCUUCACUGCCCCCCACACUCUCAGCUUCUCACACACACUCUUGCACAGAGAUCUCUGACGUCACUGCAGGGGCUGAUGUCUUCUCGGGGAGGGGAGGGGUUUGCCGAGGUCACCUUCCAGGGCAGGGGAUAGCUGGGGAGUCCUACCUCCCACGCUGGGCCCAGCUUUCUUUUUCCCAUGUCGAGCUCCUGGGUUCACAGGGACCAGGGAGGCACCGAGGAAUGUGUCUGGCAUGUGCUGACGGGGAAUUUCAUGCCCCAGCUGGGCUGGGAGGAGCCUGCUGGGCAGAGGCCCAGAGCUGGGGAUGCCUGAGGGCACCUGGGGGAGGUGGCAGAGAACGGACCCCAGCUCUGCCACUGUCCACAACAGCCUCAUUGCUCUUGGGGCUCAUGGGGCCUGCUGGACCCUGAGCAGCGGAUCUUCGUCGAGAGGCUGUGAGUGGCAAGAGAAGGCGAGCAGGGGUGGGUGUGGGGGGCAGGACAGAAGAAAGAGAAACAGAGAGGGACUGACAGAGAGGGAGACAGAGACUCAGAGACAGAAGCAUCUUUGACAGGGAGAGAGAGAGAGUUUGGGAGAGAAAGAGAGACAGACAGAAGGGAGAGAAACAGACAGAAACACAGGAAGAAAGGAAAACAGAAAGAGAACGAGAGAGAUAGAAAACGAGACACAAAGAAAAAGAAGAAACGGACACGGACAGAGCCAGACACAGGAGGCGGGCGAUGGGAGCUGUGGGAGCCACAGGCAGAGGGCCUGGGCUGGUACCCAGUGCCCUAAGAACUCCCCUCCGUGCUACCCUGCUGCUCAUGGGGGUGCUGGCCACAGGCCUAGCUCAGUCACAGAUUCCUGCCUCUGUCCCUCGUGACUUCUGGGCCCUGCCUGAAAACGUGACGGUCUUGGAGGGGGCCACAGCCGAGCUGCGGUGUGGAGUCAGAGCCCCUGGCAGCACAGUGCAGUGGGCCAAAGAUGGACUUCUUCUAGGCCCUGACCCUAGGAUCCCCAGCUUCCCGCGCUACCGCCUGCAGGGGGACCCUGAUAAAGGUGAAUUCCACCUGCACAUCGCAGCGUGUGACCUCAGUGAUGAUGCAGAGUAUGAGUGCCAAGUCAGCCGCUCAGAGACGGGCCCCGCACUUGUGUCACCCAGAGUGAUCCUCUCUGUCUUGGUGCCCCCCAAGGUGCUUCAGAUGACCCCUGAGGCAGGGAGCUCGGUCACCUGGGUAGCUGGGCAGGAGUACGUGGUCAGCUGUGUGACUGGGGAUGCAAAGCCAGCAGCUGACAUCGCCUUUCUCCAGAGUGGACAAACAAUUUCCGGUAUCUCUGCUAAUGUGAACGCGGGGUCCCAGGAGAAACUCUUCACCACGGAGGCCACAGCCAGGGUGAUACCCCAGAGCUCGGACAAUGGGCAGUUACUGGUCUGUGAGGGGUCCAGCCCAGCUUUGGACACGCCCAUCAGGGUCUCAGUCACCAUGAAUGUUCUGUUCCCCCCAGGACCCCCUGUCAUUGAGUGGCCAGAUCUGGACGAGGGGCAUGUGCGAGCAGGGCAGAACUUGGAGCUGCCAUGUGUGGCCCGAGGGGGGAACCCACUAGCCACACUGCAGUGGCUAAAGAAUGGCCAGCCUGUGUCCACAGCAUGGGGCACAGAGCAUGCUCAGGCGGUGGCCCGCAGCGUGCUGGUGAUGACUGUGAGGCCAGAGGACCAAGGAGCACGGCUCAGCUGUGAGGCCCACAACAGUGUGUCCACAGGGACCCAGGAACGUGGAGUCACCUUGCAGGUCACCUUCCCCCCCAGUGCCAUUACCAUCCUGGGAUCUGUAUCCCAGUCUGAGAACAAGAACAUGACACUCUCCUGCAUCACCAAGUCCAGUCGCCCACGGGUCCUGCUGAGAUGGUGGCUGGGCUGGCGGCAGCUGCUUCCCACGGAGGAGACAGUCAUGGAUGGCCUACAUGGUGGCUACGUCUCCAUGUCCAACCUGACGUUUCUGGCGCGGAGAGAGGACAACGGUCUGAGUCUCACAUGUGAGGCCUUCAGUGAGGCCUUCACCAAGGAGACGUUCAAGAAGUCGCUCACCCUGAAUGUGAAAUAUCCUGCUCAGAAGCUGUGGAUUGAGGGGCCCCUAGAAGGGCAGCGGCUCCGGGCUGGAACUCGGGUGAGGCUGGUGUGUUUGGCCAUUGGGGGCAACCCAGAACCUUCUCUCACCUGGUUCAAGGACUCACGCACCGUGACCGAGCCGCGGCCGCCUCAGGAGCCGCGGCGGGUGCAGCUGGGAAGUCUGGAGAAGUCGGGGAACACUUUCUCCCGCGAGCUGGUGCUGGUCAUCGGUCCGUCCGACAAUCAGGCCAAGUUCACGUGCAAGGCUGGCCAGCUCAGCGCGUCCACGCAGCUCGUGGUGCAGUUUCCCCCAACUAACGUGACGAUCCUGGCCAACACAUCUGCGCUGCGCCCCGGGGACGUGGUAAACCUGACGUGCGUCAGUGUCAGCAGUAAUCCCGCGGUCAACUUGUCGUGGGACAAGGAGGGAGAGAGCCUGGAAGGCCUGGCCGCGCGGCCCCGGAGCGCCCCAUACAAAGGCUUUGCCGCGGCCAGGAGCACCCUCCUGCGAGUGUCAUCCCGCGACCACAGCCACCGCGUGACCUGCCGCGCCCACAGCGUCGAGCUCCGAGAAACCGUGAGCUCCUUCUACCGCCUCAACGUGCUGUACCGCCCGGAGUUUCUGGGGGAGCAGGUACUCGUGGUGACCGCAGUGGAGCAGGGCGAGGCCCUGCUGCCCGUGACCGUGUCUGCCAACCCCGCUCCCGAGGCCUUCAACUGGACUUUCCGCGGCUACCGCCUCAGCCCAGCUGGCGGCCCCCGGCAUCGCAUCCUAUCUGGCGGGGCUCUGCAGCUGUGGAAUGUGACCCGCGCCGACGACGGCUUCUACCAGCUACACUGCCAGAACUCGGAGGGCACCGCGGAGGUGCUUGUGCGUCUCCAUGUGCACUAUGCUCCCACCAUCCGCACUCUUCGGGAUCCCACUGAGGUGGAUGUCGGGGGUUCUGUGGAAAUAGUCUGCACCGUUGAUGCCAAUCCCGUCCUUCCAGGGAUGUUCAGUUGGGAGAAGCUGGGGGAAGAGGAGGAGGACCAUAGCCUGGACGACAUGGAGAAAAUGUCAAAGGGGUCCACAGGGUGUCUGAGGAUUCACCAUGCCAAACUGGCACAGGCUGGCGCAUACCAGUGCAUCGUGGACAAUGGGGUGGCACCUCCAGCCCGAGGGCUGGUCCGUCUUGUUGUCAGAUUUGCCCCCCAGGUGGAGCACCCCACUCCCCUAAGUAAGGUGGCUGCAGCUGGAGACAGUACCAGUUCUGCUACCCUCCACUGCCGUGCCCGAGGUGUCCCCAACAUUGUCUUCACUUGGACCAAAAAUGGGAUCCCGCUGGACCUCCAGGAUCCCAGGUACGUGGAGCACACAUACCACCAGGGUGGGAUCCACAGCAGCCUCCUGACCAUUGCCAACGUGUCUGCAGCCCAGGAUUACGCCCUCUUCACGUGCACAGCCACUAACCCCCUUGGCUCGGACCACACCAAUAUUCAACUCGUCAGCAUCAGCCGCCCUGACCCCCCAUCAGGAUUAAAGGCAGUGAGCAUGACCUCGAACUCGGUGGGGCUGGAGUGGAAGCCUGGUUUUGAUGGGGGCUUGCCACAGAGGUUCCGCAUCAGAUAUGAGGCCCUGGAGACUCCAGGGUACCUCUACAUGGAUGUCCUACCACCCCAGGCUACCACCUUCACACUGACUGGGCUGCAGCCUUCUACACGUUACAGGAUCUGGCUGCUGGCCAGCAAUGCCUUGGGAGACAGUGGACUGACUGACAAGGGGACCCAGCUCUCCAUUACCACUCCAGGCCUAGACCAGCCUUCUGGGGAACCUGACUACCAGCCUCCCACAGGGCAGCCUGCGGGACCCUCGGGGCUGCCCCUGCUGCCUGUGUUAUUUGCUGUUGGGAGUCUUCUGCUGCUUUCCAAUGCCUUCUGUAUUGGGGGAUUUCUCUGGAAGUGGAGACUGAGGCAUCUUGCUGAGGGCAUCUCGAAGAAGACAGAAGCAGGGUCGGAGGAGGAGCGGGUCAGGAAUGAAUAUGAGGGGAGCCAGCUGACGGGAGACCGGGACACUCGAAGCUCCACGGUCAGCACCUCAGAGGUAGAGCCAUAUUACUACUCCAUGAGGGACUUCAGCCCUCAGCUCCCCCCCACGCUGGAGGAAGUGCCUUAUCCCCAAGGUUUCACAGGUCUUGAGGAUGAAGAUAUGGCCUUUCCUGGGCCCCUAUAUGAUGAGGUGGAAAGACUGUAUGCCCCAUCUGGGGCCUAUGGAGCCCUCUACGAUGAAGUACAGAUGAGCCCCUAUGACCACCACUGGCAUGACCACAAGUAUGAGGAGCCAAGAGGAAUCUAUGAUCAGGUGGCGGGAGACUUGGACACCGUGGAACCCGAUCCUCUACCCUUUGAGCUGAGGGGACAUCUGGUGUGAAAGCCUUCUCAACACCCUUUUCCCACAGCCCCCAGCACAGAAAACUCCUACCGUCAUCUUCCUUCCUGUUCAUUCUAUAGGACACAGAGGGACACAGGAGAAGACAUGGAUAUAAAGGACAGAAAAUGAUUUAAGCUGGUGUCAAAGU